AAAAGCUCAACAGUUCGGUCGCAAGGUAAAAUCGCUGCGCCUUUUUAUGAAAUUGGUUUGUACGCGCGCGCAAAUAAAUCGCAGAAAUUGAAAUUGAUUUCCAAUGAAUUUCUAUUAAAUUGUACUGGAAAAAAUAGCUCGGGUGUCAAAAACCAAUUGAUUUGAGUGUGAGUGUGUGAAAGUGAGCUUAUGCGUGAAAAAAUGCAAUAAUCCACAAGGAAAAAAAGAGAAGAAAAACAUCAACAAUGCUAAUUUAAAACAGACCGAAAAGGAAAAUAAAAAAAUAGGUACUACGCAUAUAACAUAAGUAUAAAUAAAAAAAUUCCUAUUUGGGCAAUAGAUAUGCAAAAAACAACAGCAAAUAUGCAGCAGGCAACGGAUCUUGACUUUGAUUUCCAGAUGCCGUGUCGCUAUUUCAAAAGUUCUUUUGCGCGUUCGCUUUCGCUGAAUAACAACAACAAUGGGAACGGUAGCAACAACAAUUCCUUGACAUUGCCCAAGAAGCCGCCGACAAACGAGGCCAAGCAACAACAGCAACAACAACAACUGGAGAAUCAGGAAUCGCUAGAAAGAGACAGAGAACAGGAUUCACCCUGCGCCACCCCGCCCCCUGCUCUUCCAGCACGACGUCACACCGCCAAUAUGAAACUCUUUCGCGCCGCUAAUCAGCUGCUCAGCUCAGCUUGAAGGGCAGAGCCACCUAUAAACAAUUUUUAUCUACCGAUGUAUUUUA